GAGAAAGAAAAAACAAAACACCUACGACAAUCCCGUGAGGAAAAAAAAAGAACAAAGAAAAGAGAAAAAAAAAAACAAACAUCAUCAGCCCUUCGGAAUCAUGACUCCCAUCGACAUGGCGGCCGAGAUGGACAGGACCCUCCUUCCACACCGCCUCAAGCAGCUCGCAGAAACCGAGCCGGACCGGAUAUGGGCGUCCUGCGCCGUCAGCCAGGACGUGGCCAAGGACGGGUUCCGAGACUUUACGCUGGCGCAGUACGCGAGAGCCGUGGACCGCAUGUCGUGGCACAUGGAGGCGGCGCUGGGCGGCAAGAGCGGCACGUUCGAGACGGUCAUGUACUUUGGGCUGCCCGACGUGCGGUACGGCAUCGUGCUGAUGGCGGCCAUCAACACGGGCUACAAGGUCAUGUUCUGCUCGCACUUCAACAGCGCCUACUUCAACCAGAGCCUUUGCGAGCGCACCGGCUGCGGCGCCGUGCUGCACUCGGAGGGCGUCGCCCCCACCGUCGACGCGCUGCUGGAGGCCCUCCCCUCGGUGCGGGCGGUCCCGGUUCCGGGCCUGGCCGAGCUCGUGGACCUCGGCGGGGAGGAUCCCGUGCCGCCGUACCCCUACGACAAAAACUUUGACGACGGCAUCGACGACCCCAUGUUCGUGACCCACACCUCGGGCACAACCGGCCUGCCCAAGCCCGUCGUCAUGACCCAGAGGUCGCUCAUCAUCGCCAGCGCCUGGACAAAGGUGCCGGACCUGGACGGCAGGCCGCCCGUGGCCAAGGUGAUGGAGGAGGGCCGCCGCUGCUUCCUGGGGUUCCCGCUCUUCCAGUUCUCGGGCGUGGCCAUGGGGCUGUGGGAGGUGUUCUACCGGGGCAAGACGCUGGUGCUGCCGUGCGACCAGCCCGGCUGGGCGCCGCCGGCGACGCUGGAGCAGAUCCUGGAGCACGGCAACCUCGACUGCUUCGUCGGCAUCCCCUACUACCUGGAGCUGAUGGCCAAGUCGCCGCGCAUGAUGAAGGUGGUGGGCACGCGCCUCCGGUACAUUCUCUACGGCGGCGCGGCGCUCAACCCGGCCACGGGCGACCUGCUGGCGGCGCGGUGCCGCCACUUCUUCAGCUGCUUCGGGUCGACCGAGAGCGGCGUGGCCUUCACGCACCUCAUCGGGCGCGAGGACUGGGCCUGGUUCUGCUUCAACGAGGAGCAGAGCGGGAUCCGGUGGGAGCCGCAGGAGCGGCUGGCGCACGGCGACGUCGUCGACGUCGACGGUGGGGUGCACGAGCUGACGUACGUCAGGAACGACGUGGUGGCGCGGUCACAACCCAUCUUCUGGCACGUGGCCGACGGCGGCGACACGAUCCGCACGGCCGACCUCUUCGUCAAGCACCCGACCAAGGAGCACCUGUGGCGGUACUACGCGCGCAAGGACGACAUGGUGGUGACCAAGUACGGCUGGAACAUCAACCCGGUCAUGGUGGAGGGCGAGAUCGCGCAGCACCCAGCCGUCAGGCGCGUGCUGGUGGGCGGGGCUGGCAGGGAGGCCAUCUUUGCCAUCGUGGAGCUCGGCGAGGACGACGGCAGCCGAGGCGGCGGGGGCGAGGAGGAGGCGCUCGGGCGCGUCUGGGCGUCGAUCGGGGCCCAGGCCAACGCCAAGCUCGACAAAAUCGCGCAGCUGGCCAGGGAGCGCAUCAUCCUGGCCGAUGCCAAGAACAAGCCCAUCCCGCUCACGCCCAAGGGCAACGUGCUGAGGGCCCAGGCCCUGAAGCUGUACGCGAGGGAGAUAGAGGAAAUGUACGCGCGGGCGGGCGGGGCAUAGGCGUGUCAGGGAAGCCGAUAUGUGCCAGCUGUAUUGUAACCUGGGUACCUUGGAUACCUGAUCCC